AAGAUGUAUCUUGUCAUGAAAAUGGACCGUAACAAGAUGAGGAUCCGGAAGGGACGUUUAAGGCUCAGCCCCAAUGAGGAGGCGGCCCUUCUUAAGGAGGAGACAGAGAAAAGACGUAAGCUCCGCCUACAGCAAGUUCGUGAACAGAGUAAAGAGAAUGCCGCUAAAAUUAGACAUGCUGUAAAACAAGAAAAGCAUAAACAGUUGAUGAGACUAGCUACUGAUAUCAAGAACCAGCUAGAAGAUGAGAAAGCUGAAAGAGUUCGUCAUUUAGAACAACAAUAUGAUAACAGUCUGAGAAACAUUGGCGUGGGUCAUAAACAGGCAGCAGAUCAGCCUGAUUGGUCAGAGGAGAGGGAACUUAUUCAGCAAGCUGAGAAUCUGCGUGCAGAGGCCCGGGGACGCUCUGCUGUAGAGAAAAUGAGGAAGGAGACUGAACUAAAAAAUCAUGAGGCUAACAAAUAUUUACAAGCAAGGAAACAAGCAUUAGAGAUAGAGAGAUCUCGUGCUGCAGAGAUAGCCUCAAUGCCUCCUCCACCACCAGACCCACUGAAGGAACUCAAUGUCGGAAAAACAU